UUCUAGUGACCCUGGGGCGCCGCUCAAAACAUUAUAUCUCUUAGUUUUCCGUCAGAAACUAUUUGUCUUUUGUCAUUACCAAUUGAGCGCCUAAGAUCUGCACAUACUUAGGCCAUUAGGAUGACAGUAACAAUUCGUCGUAAACAAGGGGAAGUUCAUUCCCCAUGCCUAUCUGUUUUGUCCGAUAAUUCGAUUAGUAAGCGAAAAAGCUCAGGACCCGAUUUCAACACGUGCACGGACUCCUGUUGUUCUGGGGAAGAGCAAGAAAUCUUACAAUGCAGUCCACCGCUAUCCUUACGCACUCCAGCCGAUUCUACUGCCUCUUGGCUAGACGCGGAAGAUGAAUACAAAAAUGGUAAUAAUUUUUUAGAAGAAGCAACAAUCAUAUUAUACGGCGAAGGUGAUUUUUGCGAUCCUUGUCACGAUAAGCUGCGAGAAGAAUACAAGCAAUGGAAAAGAAUACCUCAUUUAAGAAUAACUGGGAGAAGAAUAGAUUAUCCUUGCAAAUCAGAAAAUUACCAUGAAAAUGGUUACACAUCAAGUGAAAUAAAACGAAAUAACGAGUAUAAAUUAGACGAUACUAAACAAAGAUUAAACAAUUUGCAAAAUCAAGUAGUUUCAAUAUUGAUGGAUUCAAUUUUGUCUCGGGUUUUAGUAAGACACUCAUCGUCAAACUCUCUAAUUAAUAGUUCCUAUUCUAAUCAUAAAGAACGAAAAGAUUCAACACUUACGUCGUUACGAAGUCCUUAUGGAAUAGAAUCUAGUUUAGUUGUUUCGCCGAUACUUCCAGCAGAUCGACAAAAGCCAAAGUCGAAUAAUAAACUGAGAAUUUUGCAGGAAAAUUUUCAUCAUCAAAGGAUCACAGAAAUUCAUCAAAAACCAUGGCCAAAAAAUAACGUCAGUAUUUUACCACCCAUCGACAUCCAUCCAAAGAAAAUUACCAUGAAGACAAAACGAUGGUUCUCGGCCAUUGCGGCACCCAGUAAAACUCGUGAACUCUCAAGGCCGGCCACUUCAGCCAUUGAGUUACUAGAAUCGCCAGUGGAAGAGACGUCGAUAGACCUUUGUGUUGACAUAUCGAUCGACGGCAAGAGGAUCAAAGGACUACAAAAAAAGUGCUACGAUAAAUAUUACAACGCAAACAAUAACAAUAGCCAUUACCGCCUGUCCACCACAUGGCCACGUCGUCCGAAAUAA